GCGGCCUAGGCCCAUGUGCGACAUGGGCCGUGGCACAAGGUCUCUUAAAAUCGAGGGCCUCAAAAAAAAAUUUAUAGGGUAGUAGUAUUAGUAAGUUAGGGGGUGUAAAAAUUAAUUAUGUAUGUUAGAAAAUGUUGUAAAGGCCCAGCCCAACAAUGUUUUCCUAACGAAAAAAAAAAGCAGCAAAGAAGCCUGCGUUUUGCGUUUUUGCGUUUUGCGUUUCUGCUUCUUUCAGAAAACCUACGACCUGCACUGCACACCUGCCUCCAUUAAUUCACCACCAGGCCGGCGUCGACCUGCCUCCUGCCACCAUCACCAGGCGUCGGUUAACCACUUAACCUCCUUCCUUCUAUUCUCAAAGUAGAAGUUACUAAUACAUCAUCGGUGCAUCACUUAGGUAGAAUGGCACUACACAGCAAUGGAACCACCGGAACCAUAUUAUCAUCACCGUCACUUCCUUUGGAACUUGUGGAAGAAGAAAUCCUGAGUAGGCUACCAGUGAAGAAACUCCUACAACUCCGAUGCAUAUGCAAAUCCUGGAAAUCUCUAAUUUCCGAUGAUCCUAAAUUCACAAAGAAGCACCUUCGCAUGUCAAAUAUAUUAAAGCACAAACAUCUCAUCAUGAAUGUUCUUGGUGACCGGAUUUUAUGGGAUUCCCCACUUUCCUCUGUUUUCAGCAAUGUAUACAACCAUACUGUGACACUGACUCAACUCAAUAUCCCAAUUUCCAUUUCCAACCACAUUUUGAAAAUUUCCUCUUGUGAUGGUAUCCUUUGUUUGACCCUUGGUGUAGUAGGAGGAGGAAGAAGAUAUGUUGUUUUGUGUAACCCUUCCCUAAGAAAAUACACUACAUUGCCUCCUUUGGAAAAUCAUCAGAAAAGAGAAGUUCUCUCUUGUUUAUUUAGCUUUGGAUAUGAUCAUGUCAAUGAUGUUUAUAAGGUUAUUGCCAUUUCUUGUUUUAAGGACAAACACAAAGUUAAAGAAGUUGAUGUUUAUACUUUGGGUACUAAUAAUUGGAGAAGUAUUCAAGACUUUCCAUAUUCUUCUCCUUCUCCUUCUCCUUCGAUGUAUCAUUCGGGAGUAUUUGUGGGUGGCACUGUUAAUUGGUUGGCAUAUGAGGUUUCAAAUAGUAGUCAUCGUCGUGUCAUUGUUUCUCUUGAUUUGAUGACCGAAUCUUAUCAAAAACUUUUGCAGCCUGAUUUGGAGAAGGAUCCUUGGAUCUUAGGGAUGUGUCAGAAUUGCUUGUGUAUCUUUCAGUGUAGGGAUAUGUUUUUGGAUGUAUGGAUUAUGAAAGAAUAUGGAAAUAAAGAAUCUUGGACUAAACUAUACAAUAUUCCUUCCGCUGAAGGUCAAAAUAGCUAUCCGAGGACAGUAUAUAUUUCUGAUAACAAUCAAGUGCUAUUUUGUUAUCAUGAUUUGAGAAAUUCAAAAUUGAAGCUGGUUGUUUACAAUUCCAAAAAUGGUAAUGUGAUGAUUCCUAAGAUUCAACACAAUGAUAGAUUAUUUAUGAACCCAAGAGUCUACGUGGAGAGUUUGAUAUCACUACCUUGUUCUUAUUGAUUUCCUACUUGUUUUGAUUACUGACAAUAAUCAAUUUAUCAUGACUUUAUAAAUCAUUGUUAAUGGAUGUUUUGAUUUCGCUUCCUUUUUUUUAGUUAGUGUGUGUUGGUUCUGUCAUUGUGUAUUACAUUUUAAAUAGUUUGCAAUCUUGCAUUACCUUAGGUUAUUUGUCGUUUGCUUUUUAAAGAUCUAAGUUACGAUUUAGAUGUUAUAAUGUGAGCCAAGUGUUUCUCAA